AUGCGAGAGAUCUUCUCAAACGAGUUGUCCGCUGCCUUUCGCUCUUCGUCUCGGGUGGUGGUGGUGGCCAAAUCGGGUGGUGGUGGCUCGUCGGGUGGGAUUUUGGGUAUUGUUGUUCGAGAAGCAAUCAUGAGUGGCAACCGACCACACUUAUUCUCCAAUCAGAUUGAGGUUCAAAAUCUUCAACUCAGCCAGCUACAUGAAAUACUGGCUAUUAUUGGCUAUUCAAAAGCAACGCCGGAUCUCUACUGUGCGAAGAAGCGCCGUUAUCAUGAUCACCAAGCGGAUGUUUUUCUUAUACCAAUCUUGCGCAUACGGCUAAUCGAUGGAUGCCGCUUGGUGGUGACGCCUAUAACAAAAAUGCUUGGUGGCAAAUCGGUUGCAGAGCAGUUAAGAACCGGAGAAGUAACUACAAGUUUCUUGGUUGGAAAGCGAAUUACAUCCAUGGUUAACUACAUGGAAUACGUGUGUCUUUCAAUCGACGAGGACAUUCGGGCUAACAGUGGAUUCAUGGUCGACGGUGAGGAGAUCACAUAUGGUCAAUACUAUCAACAACGAUAUGGAAGGAAACUAGAUGAGAAUAAACCGUUUCUGAAGGCUCGACUUGCUAGCGGCGACGUCGUCCACUUGCCAGCCGAAUAUUGUCACUUCGCAAAAGUGUUCCCCGGCCGGACUCUGGAAAAGAAAACAAUAGACGCUUAUCGUUUCUCUCUAGUGACUGAAGGACAAUUCUUUGCUCUUCAGAAUCUACUCAAAGAAUUCGACAAUGCAGUGUUGUCAAAGUAUUUGGCUCAACAAAAAGUUACGAUUGGAAAGGAUCUUCUCAAAGAUAAAGCUUUUGCGCUUUCGCCUUGCAAAGUUGAAUUGAAAGUCGAAAAUAUCAAGUUGGAUCGGAUUCUCGUGAUACUACCUAAAGGACAAGAAGAAAUCCGGGACCAAUUUCUGGACUUUGCCCAGCAAUUUAAAAAGAUAGCAAACACGAUGAACAUUAAUGGAAUAACAAUGGCACUCGCGGAUUACGAAUUAGGACCACGUUUUGAAGAAUCACUGGCAAGCGCUUUACAACAAGGAGUUUCUUUGGCGCUCGUCGUGGUGCCGGAUGAUCCUGUCAUUUAUGCCAAGGUGAAAUGUGUCGGCGUGCACAGCGAUGGCUAUGUUGCAACUCAAGUUUUGACUUUUGAUACAUUGCGCAAAGCUUCAGAAGGGGAUAAAUCAUUUGUCGAAAGCAUGGUGCAAAACGUUGUUUGUCAAGUCAUUGCAAAGUUGGCACCAGUCUCUUGGGUGACACCAUCACUUCAGAUGGGCAACACGAUGGUUAUUGGAUUAUCUGUGGGACCUAAACGUUAUGACUCGAACGGAAACGGAAAGCAAAACUUUGGCCUCAUCUCAUCUUUGAACGACAAGUUUACUCUCUGGACUUCACGCUGCCACGAAAAUUACGACGAGAAGCGUCUGUCAACAACUUUGAAAAAGGCAUUGAGAAGCUACAAGGAAACGCAUUAUACCCUGCCCACUGCUAUUUUGAUUUUUCGGGAAGGUCAAUCAGAGAAACUGACAAUGGCCCAGGAGGUUGAAACUAUUCAAAAGGCGAUAGAAAUGGUUCGUGAAGUACUUACCUUCGAGCAACAGAUCAAAUUCGCAGUGCUUUCCGUCAACAAAUCAGCAAAAAUCUACGCCGAGAUAUUGCCAUCGAUUGUAGUGAAACAACUAUCUUCAGUUGCAUAUGUUGAAACGGGAACCGGAUUCGAUCUCAUCUGUGGAGGCAAAGAUUCCGUUGAAGUUUGCGAAUAUACGAUGAUUUACGACGGUUUCCGCGUAGGAACAGAGCAGUACGCAGAUCUUGCUUCAAAGCUCUCAUACGGCUAUCCUGGAGGAUGUGGCCAGCCGAGUGUCUACCCAAGCCCUGUCCAAUGUGCUAUCAAGCUGCGCAACUUCAUCAGUACAGUCGGAUACGAUAAAAACUAUUGCCUUGUUCGUUUGCGAAGUAUUCACACUGGUUCUUCAUUGAUGAUCCGAAACGUGCUUGGGCCAUCAACGAGUACAGAUUUGCACGAACCGCCGACAAAUGUUGCCAGCAAGGUUGCUGAGGUUUUCUUGACGGCUGGACACGCUUUUCAACGACUUGGGGACCUAACACUACAGUUGCAUAACGCUGAGGAUGUUGAGGAAAGUAAAUGGUCGGAAGGGGAUGUUGAAGCACUACGGGAAUCGUUGACGAAAUUCGCUCACGAAUUGGAUACAAUUAGCGAACGCGUGCAAAGCAGAACGAUGCAAAUCAUUAAAACGGAUAUAAAGAGGCGGAUGGUGAUACCAACGGAAACGAUUCCCCGCGUUGGCAUGCAAUCAUCAUCCGGGUCAACUCUGACCGGUUUGAAGCGACCAGCAGGUGGCCCGCUACAGAUGCAACCCUCAAUGGCGCCCAAGAGAUUAAUUCCCUUCUCAAAACCACCCGGCUUUUCAACUGCUCCCGUGUCAAGGAUAAGCUCCGGGUCCUACUCAAAUCAACCGAUACGAACAAACAAUUCAACGACUUUCUCGAGCCCGCGUCUUUCACAACAAGUCGGCUCCUCUUUAUCGUCACACGGCUCGUCUUCACAGCAAAGGCCUAUGCCAAAUGAACAAUAUUUCUCCAGUCAAGGUGCCUACAUUCAAAAUGGA